CAAGUAAAUCAGUUAAAAUGUUAUAAAAUAUAAAAUAACCUCACUUUUUGGCCUAUUUUAACUACAGAGCAAGAUAAGAUAUCUAUGCAUGCGCACAUAAUAGUAUCUAUGGAACGUUAUAGAUAAAAUCCACAUAAUAUUGUUAAAUGAAUGCACGCCUACACUUUCUGUAGCCUUUACAUUUGAGAGCACUUAUUUUGUGUUACCAUGUUCAUACAUAACACGUUUUAAGUGAGAAAGAGUAAGAAACAACAGAAAAGAAAGAGAGAGUGUUCCCGCGAGUUUUGCCGAGUAUCUGGGAAUCAGUUCGUCGUUGCUGUGAACAUCAAUCAAGUUAACCUUUAGCCUAAAAGAAGAUGCUCACCGAAUCCAAAGUGUAGGGUGUCGUCUUUGAUUAUUCGAUUCAGGUGAUGUUUUGACUCACGAAAGCUUUCAUUCGACGCGAAUGAAAUAGACGCGCGCAUCCUGUAUACACAAACCCACCACCAUUGUGACGAAAAAAAAGUCUAAGCAGAAAGUGAUUGCGCCAGCAAGUGUAGAGAGAAAAAAAAAUACUGUUUAGACCAAUUCUCAAAUAAUAAUUAUUGCAAUGAGAUGAUUAAUAUCUUGAGAUACAUCUUAGCAUGACAGCAAGUGAAUAAACUUUAUGAGACUCGUCGUGUUUAGGGCGAUGUCAAACCGUCGCAGCUGGGUUUUUAACAUCCUGGAUUGGCUAUUUGUUGAGUCUGAAGUUUUUAUUCAUCUGAAACCAAAUUGCCUUGGACAAUUUUAAAUCUAAAAAAAAAGUAUAAUAUUAAAAGUAACUAAUGAAAGUCUACAAAGUUUAUUUGAUGGUUAUUGAGAGCAUAUAAGGAAAGCUAGAGAGCUAGUAAAUUCUAUUACCCGCCACAGGACGGGUGGUUAUGUUUCCCACUUUCAUCGGGAUUCUAGACAUACAAUCGUGGUGGGAGGUGCCGAGUAUAGCACACUUCUGCUCAUUAUUUAGGGCUGCCUUCAAUCUUCUGGACUUUGAUAUCGAGGAUCUUGAGGAAGCUCUUUUAACUGACGGUGGUUCUGAAGGACGUCUUCUUCAAGAAUUAAUUGUUAGACUUCUGGUGGGCUGCCUGCCCCAUGAUAGCCGCAAUGAUAUAUCUACUUUCAACUAUCAGAUGUUUUUACGUCGACUUUUUCGAAAGAAAUGUCAGGAAUAUAAAUGCGAAAAUCCAUUCAAUACCGAUGUAGAUUUCGAACUUCUGCCACUACGACAGAAAGUUGAAAUAUUGCGCGCGCUCUGCGACUUUAGGCUAGACGCCGAGGACGUGGAGUGUGCGCUGAGUAAUUUAGACUCGGACAGUCUUAGAGUUGAACCAUUGGGUCAUGACCGUAAGAAUUCUGCUUAUUGGUAUUUCUACGGGACUAGACUCUACAGAGAGGAUUACGUUGAAAGUGAGGACGGUACGAUUGCACAGAAACAAAAAGGUAGACCGCGUGAUAGAAAACGAAAACGACGACAGUGCAGGUCGGAGGUGUACAAGGUGGAGAAAGAAGAAGAAGAAGAGGAGAAAGAAGAAGAUAGUUUAGCUUGUGAUUUGGGUGCAGAGAAAUCACGGGAAACUGUUUGGCAAGUUAUCUGUUUUACUCAACAGGAUUGGACCCGUCUUGUUGACAAAUUUCGAGAUUCGGAAUACGAGCCUGAGAGAAAGCUUUUCCAUACAUUAGCUGAGGACUUUCUACCAGAGAUUCCAAAACUCUUUGAACUCAAGGAGAUACAGCAACGUCGUCGACUACUUCAACGUAAUAAUUCACGAGUACUUCAUAGUCCAGAGUUAAAACCUCUUGAAGAAACAAUAAUGGUUCGUGCUAAAAUGAAGUCUAAAAUUGGCAAAAGUACCAAGAAAAGUGGACAAAGUUCAAAAGCUGGUGAAAGUGAAGAUGAAGCGACACCGCCAUUGAUAUUACCUCCACAGAAAAAAGGCCGUCAAACGAAUAAUUCACUUGCUUCAGCUGUUGGACAAAUAGUCAUCCAUACUGGAGAUGAAGUUGAUAAAGUAGCAAAUAAAAAAGUUGGUAAGCAUGGUGCCAGUUAUGUGUCUUCAGGUUAUCCUUAUACAUUUGGCAUAGAAGAGGAAGAACGGCGGAUAGGAAUGCAUAAAGUGCUUGAAAGUUUAAAAGAUCAUGAAGAUGCCUGGCCAUUUAUAGAUCCUGUAGAUGAGGAAUAUGCGCCUAGGUAUUAUAGUGUUGUACGAAAGCCAAUGGAUCUUCGUAAGAUGGAGGAAAAACUUGAAGGUGGAUCUUAUAAAAAUCUUCAUCAAUUUAGAAGAGACUUUAGAUUGAUUGUUGAUAAUUGUAGACAGUAUAAUGGUUCUGAUAAUGAGUAUACCGAAAUGGCUGUUAAUUUAAAAGAAGCAUUCGACAGAGCUGUUGAACGUUAUCUUGAAUCUGAACCUUCAAGUGAUGAAUCUCCUUCUGCACCCAAAUCGCCAUCAAUAUCUUCCUCGCCUUACCCAUUACGUGGAACUUCACCAAGUUCUACAUUAAAUAGUUUAAGGAAACGUAACAAAAAAUCAAAUAAAAAAUCUAAAUCAAAUAAAAAUGAGAAAAAAACAAAAAAAACAAAAGUCAAAGACGAAGAAAAGGAUGAUUUUGAUGGUGAUUAUUACGAAAAUGAAGAAGAAGAAGAAGAAAAUAAAAGUUUAAGACCUCGAAAAGUGAAGAAAAGAACAAAAAGCAUGAGAGAAAAAGAAGAUGAUGACAUUGACGAUGAAGAUGAUAAUCAUGAAGACGGUGCAAUAUCUGAAAGUGCUGUGAUAAAGUCUAAGCGAAAAAAAUAUGGAGAAGUAGAGAAGUUGUUACCGAAAGUUAAAAAAUUAUCGGCCAAAGAAGAGGAGAAGGAUGAAGAAGUAAAAUUAAAAGGAGGUGGUAGUAAAAAAGGGCAAAAAGAUAAUUCUGUAAAAAAUUCAAAGGAUCAUAAAGAGAAUUUAAAAAAGAAAGAAAACUUUGAAGAGUAUCAUGAGCCUUUGGAAACUAUUAAAAGUAAAAGCAAAAGGAUAGAACGAAAAGGUACGGAGAAGAAUGCUACGCUUAUAGAAAAAAUAAAAAAGGGUAAACAGAAAAAGCAAAUAGAUGAAGAUGAGAAUGACAGGUAUUCAGAUAUCGAAGAAAAUAGGAAGCAAAAUACUCUAGAUAAAAAAGGUUGGAAUAAAGACAAAAAUGAUACAAAAACUAAAAGAUUGGAUGAUAAAAUUGAAGAGAAAGAUUCUUCUGGGAUCAAAGAUAAAAAAUCCAAAAAUAAAAAGAUUAAUAAUGAGCUUACAAAAAAUGGUAAAGUUAAUAAUGAUUACAAAAAAGAUCGUAGGAAAGAUGAAACUACAAUUAAAUUUGAUUCUUUAUUAACUAAUAAGGAUCUUGAAUCGCUAGACAGUUUAAAAGAUCGAAUAAGUGAACGCAGUAGGCGUGAAGAGAAGUUAAAAUUAGAAAGAGAUAAAUUAAAAAAGACUUCCAAGAGUGAGCUUCAUAAGAAAAAAGUGCCUUCUAACGGUAAUACCUUUCACGACAGUGAUAAGGUUAAUAUAAAACGAACAAAAAUGAAAAAAGUAGGAAAAGAUAAAAAGAUAAGUACUGAAAAGGAUCAACAGGUUGUGGAGACCAAGAAUAAACCAACAAAGCACAAAGGAAAAGUUGAAAGUCCUGUAAUUCAAGCAUUAAAUCAGGCAACAGCACAAACUUUGAAUGAUAUUAAUAAGUGGCUUGAUGAUACUCCACCAGUUUCAGAGUUUAACUCUAAGGAUGUCCCACCAUUGCCCGUUUUAACAAAUGAUCAACAACGAUCAGGACCUAAGGCUCCUGAUCCACUGAGAAAACGUCCAAGUAUAAUGAAAUUUUUUGGUCCUCAUGGUCCGCCAAAACCAAAAAAAGUCCAAAGAACUAUAGAUCGGUUACAACCUGGUAAAAGUAAAGGAAAUCUUUUACUCAAAAAACCUCUAGGAAGUAAUGGAAAUACUUCUGACAGUUCAGUUAAAGAGACUUCAGAUGUCAGUCAAUCUCGUGAUGUUUCUGAUGAACCUAAAUUGAGUCUUGGUUCCGUUUUAAAAAAUGCUGAUUCUAUACAACUCAUCUGCAAGUCUUUAGUAUCUUCACCUGGUACUAACUUGUCAAACGAAGAUGAAGAUGAUGAUCGAUCAGCAGUGUUAAAUUCUUCAGUUUCUUUGAAAGAAGAUAAAUCACAAGAAUCAACUCAAGAAGCUGUGGCUCCAAAGACUCAAAUAGAAGUCACAAACGAUAUUAAAGAUUUGGAAGAGUCUCAGAAGCCCAAGUCAACGACACCAAAUUUAAGUGCUUGGUUUAAAGCUUUUGGUGCGCCGAAAUCUAAAAAAAAGGAAGAAGAUGAAGAAAUUAAAAAAGAAGAAUCACAAGAAACAUUACCUCAUAGACAAAGAAGACACAGUGCUGGUGGAAGUAGCGUGAGUGAGUCUGUGUCAAGUUUUUCUCAAGAAUCACCACCAGGACUGAGUGUUAGAUCACCACAAACACAAUCUACAAUUCCAACACCAAAUAUCGAACAACCAGUUCGUGCUGGGUUUUACCAAGACGCUUUAUCAGUUGGAAGUAGUCCUUAUAAUAGUCCAUAUUAUACUACACCUCCCAGAUAUAGUGCGCAACUUCCUCCAACGCCGUCCCCACAAAAUCAUCCCCUUUCCCCAGCGUAUCCAUCCUCUGCGGCUUACGAACAAAGUCCUUUAUAUCCUGCGGCGUCUCAUCAAGUUUAUCAAAAGCCUCCAAGUGUUGAAAAUUCAAGUGAAUCCUUUAAUUACUAUCCUCAAAAUUCUCCUCAGGGUGAUAUUUACUCUCAACAAUUAUCAAAUAGUCCAAAACCAUCACCUGUUUAUCCUCAAGCUUCUCCUCAGGCUGCCUCUGUUUACCAAAACUCUCCUCAACCUACUCCUCCGAAUUAUUCACAACAUUCUCCACAACAACCACCAACACCAAAUUAUUCUCAAACUUCUCCACAGCAACCAGCUGUUGCACAUUACUCACAACCUUCACCUCAACAAACUUCAUCUAAUUAUUCACAACCUUCUCCUCAACCACAACAACAACAUUCUCCAUAUUCUCAUCAACCAUCUCCACAACCACCUGCAAACUAUUCACAACCGUCUCCACAACCACCUGCUAAUUAUUCUCAACCAUCUCCACAACCACCUGCAAACUAUUCUCAACCAUCUCCUCAACAACAAACUGCUCCAUAUUCUCAACCUUCUCCAAAACCUCCACCAAAUUAUUCCCAAGUUUCUCCUCAAGCGACAUCAUCAUAUACACAACCUUCUUCUCAAUUUAAUCAAUCAUCUUCGAGUCAACCUUCUGCUAACUAUUCUCAGCCAUCACCACAACCACUUCCAAAUUAUUCUCAACCUUCACCUCAAUCUCAUAAUUUCUCUCAACCAUCACCUCAACCUCCCAAGACUUAUACUCAACCAUCACCUCAACCUCCCAAGACUUAUACUCAACCAUCACCUCAACCUUCCAAGACUUAUACUCAACCUUCACCUCAACCGAUGCCUAUUUAUUCUCAACCAUCUCCUCAAAGUCACAAUUAUUCGCAACCCUCGCCGCAAACGCCUUCGAAUUAUUCGCAACAUUCACCUCAACAAUCUACAACAUCAGCUACAUCAUAUCCAACUCCAUUAUCACCGCAGCCGCCAAGAAAUUAUUCUCAACCAAGUUCUCAAGUUGCUUCAACUAAUUUACAACAAGAGUCAAGACAGUCUGCUGCAUAUUCUCAACCAUCUCCAAGACAAACUACUCAGAUUUAUACACCACCAGAAAAACCGAGUGAAGAAUAUCAUUCGACAACACCAACAUAUCCACAAGGAAUAAAGUCAAAUCAUAAUCCUUACGUUCCACCAACUGGAAGUAUUUCUGAAACUGAAAGACGAGCACCAGAAUAUUUUAAACCAGAGGAAAAAAUUCAAAAUAUCGAUACACCUCUUGGACUUAAUAGUAAUCAUCAAGUUUAUCAUCAACCUAAUCAAUUUACACCAUUAUAUCCAUCUAGUAAUUAUUCAGUUAAUGAUCGAGUAUCUGGUCCUUCGGUUUCGGAUCCGCAAAGACCUGCUUCGAGUACUCAGGAAUCUCAACAACCACAAGAACGUGUCUUUGAUCCUUCUCAAAGUUUAAAAUAUUCUCAGCAUCAAGAUCAACCACAAUUACUUGCGUUUCAGCAAAAUUUACCUACACAUGAGUCAAUUUAUCAAUCAUCAUCAGGAUUUCAGGCACCACCGUAUUCGUUACCUAACACUACAUGUAGGCAAGUUUAUCCAGGUUCUCAUUACUACGAUACAAGCACUAAACCAGCACCACCAACGUCAGUUUCAUCAACAUUACCUCCAGUUAAAAAACGAAUGUACAACGAACCAAGUGAUAGGAAUUGUAUUACUUCAGAAUCACGAUCAGGACAAGAGCAAUUUAGUUAUGAUCAGAUGAUGACAUUAACAACAUCAUCUGAAUCUUCAAUAGUUCCUGGACAAUACGAAAGUUUUGGUCCAUUAGCAGACUCUGUAGCUGGAAAUCCAGCCUACGCUAGAUUAAGUUUAGGACUUGUCGGUCGAAGUUCUAAAGAUCAACAACAAUUAUUAUCAAUUCCUAGACCAUCUAGUAAAGAUCCUCUAGUUUAUUCUCGUGCUCCGGGUGCUUCAGAUUAUGAUUUGAAUCUUCUCCAAAGUAUGCAAAGUACGAAAUCUAUAUCUACGAUGCAGUCACCGCGGCGAGAAUCUUCGAUAUCAUCUGUACAAGCUCCAAAAGUGAAGAAAAGUAGAAAGAAAGCUGCUCAAGCACAAUCAACGCCUGUUGCUUCAGCACUUGAUCAAUCUUUGCCAUCCUUUUCUCAAUACCCAACAAAUCCUGCCGAUGUUGUUGGUUUAAAAAAUGCAUCUUCAGUAGUUCCACCAGUUUCUAGUGCAUUCAAUUUUACUCCUCCUGGUCCAACGAAUAGCUCUCCAUUCUAUGAUAAAGAUGCUUCAGCAGCUGCAGCUGCAUUUGCAUUCUUAGAUGAAUUUAGAAAUCCUAGCUAUUACACUAUUUUGAGGCAACAGCAGCAGCAACAACAGCAACAACAACAACAAUCAACACCUAUGACAGAGUCAGCACAACAAGCUAACAAAUUGAACAAUCAACCUAGAAACUAUCCUCACCCGUUUCUUCAUUCUACUCAGAGAUCAGCACCUUAUGGACCACCACCUGUUUCUUAUGUCCCUCCUCAUGGUCCUAAUCUUGGUGUUGAUCCAGCUGCUUAUCAACAAUAUUUACAUUCCCUAUAUGCUCUCCAACCACCUUCACAUCAUCAUAGACCAUCAUGGCUUUAGUAUUCAAAGCCAAGAAAUUAAUUGUAAUAUUAAGUUCAUUUAUUUGUCUACUAAUGAUUAAAUUAUUGAUUUUUAUUUAAGUAAUAUUACAAGACGACAGGUUUAUUACUGAAGGUGACAGUAUUGUUAUUUUACUUCUCGUAAUAUUUUUUAUACAAAGAAAAAAAAAUAGAAAGAAAAAUAUCAAACGGGCUCUCUAACAAUGCAUAUUGUCACACGUAAGUUGUCGAUCAUUUUUUGUAUCUUUCUUUACUUCUUGAAGUAUCACAUACUAAUAAUAUUUUUGUUUUUUUAAUACACUUCAAUGAUUACAAAGUUUUCUGUAUGCAUUUAUUAUAUAUAUAUAAAAAAAAAAGAAAGAAAAAUAUAUGAUAAAUUUUAUUUGUUAUAACCAUUUUUCAUUGUUAUGAUCAAUUGCAUUCUUUCAUGUGAUCAUUGAAAAGUAUGACUAAGCCU